AUUUUGAGGAGCAGCAUUAGCGUACCUGAAUUUGACCUCAAACUGGUGAGCUCGCAGCGAAUGGACGAUCGCCUACUGGUCACCAAUUACAAUGCGAAAAUAACCGAUUUGCAUGGCGAGAUUGAAGCACGCAUGGCGUGUAUUGCUAAUCAGGUGUACCUAAUGGCGUGUUUCUGUGGACGGCCAGAACUGGAUAUAGAGCUCGUGAAUACCGAUUCAAGAGGCGGCGCUGGUAUUAUUGGGAGCAGCGUCACUCCAGCAUCGACGCCGGUGCAGGAAAUGAUGAAGCGAAUUGGCCAGUCGACCCAGGUUGUUACCAUGGCUUCCUGA